AUGUCUCCAUAUAGGGAUCCAAGAUUACCUAGUAGCAGUCCAUUAACGCCCGAACCAUUAUUUCGUCUUCGUCGCAUUUCUAUCCCUGGGCGAAGAACAUCGUCAUCAUCCAGGUCACGAACUUUAGAUAGUAGCAGUUUAUUGGAGCCAGAAACAUCAUUUCGUCUUCGUCGUAGUUCGAGCUCUAGACGAAGCACGCCGUCACAAUAUCAAUUGCCAAGUCCACGUCACAGCAGUUCGAUCUCUGGACGAAGGACACCAUCACAGUAUCGGUUACCAAGGCCAUUACGCAGCACUUAUACGAGACCAGCAUCCAUAUUGAGAGAUGAUUCAAACCGUAGCAGUUCUAGCUAUGACAGUAGUGCUUCGUCGGAAUAUAAGUCACGAAAGUUACAUUCUAUAGGUGACAGCAGUUCAUGUUAUAUCGUUGAACCAGAUUCUAUAGGUGACGGCAGUUCAUGUUAUAUCGUUGAACCAGAUUCUAUAGGUAACAGCAGUUCAUGUUAUAUCGUUGAACCACAUUCUAUAGGUGGCAGCAGUUCAUGUUAUAUCGUUGAACCAGAUUCUAUAGGUGAUAGCAGUUCAUGUUAUAUCGUUGAACCAGAUUCUAUGUUAACAGACGAGAUAGACUUAAGGACAAUAACUUUAGAUACCAGCGGUUUCUUGGAGCCAGAAACACCCUCUGAUCUUAGUGGCAUUUCGAGCAUUGGGCGAAGAACAUCGUCAUCAUCCAGGUCACGAACUUUAGAUGGCAGCAGUUCAUGUUAUAUUGUUGAACCAGAUUCUAUAGGCGACAGCAGUUCAUGUUAUAUCGUUGAACCGGAUUCUAUAGGUGACAGCAGUUCAUGUUAUAUCGUUGAACCACAUUCUAUAGGUGGCAGCAGUUCAUGUUAUAUCGUUGAACCAGAUUCUAUAGGUGACGGCAGUUCAUAUUAUAUCGUUGAACCACAUUCUACGUUUGCAGACGAGAUAGACUUAAGUUUCUUGGAGCCAGAAACACCCUCUGAUCUUAGUGGCAUUUCGAGCAUUGGGCGAAGAACAUCGUCAUCAUCCAGGUCACGAACUUUAGAUGGCAGCAGUUCAUGUUAUAUCGUUGAACCAGAUUCUAUAGGUGACAGCAGUUCAUGUUAUAUCGUUGAACCACAUUCUAUGUUAGCAGACGAGAUAGACUUAAGGACAAUAUCUUUAGAAAGCAGCGGUUUCUCUGAUGCAGAAACAUCGUUUGAUCGUAGUGGCGGCAGUUCAUGUUAUAUCGUUGAACCAGAUUCUAUGUUACCAAACGAGAUAGACUUAAGGACAAUAUCUUUAGAAAGCAGCGGUUUCUCUGAUGCAGAAACAUCGUUUGAUCGUAGUGGCGGCAGUUCAUGUUAUAUUGUUGAACCAGAUUCUAUAGGUGACAGCAGUUCAUGUUAUAUCGUUGAACCACAUUCUAUAGGUGACAGCAGUUCAUAUUAUAUCGUUGAACCACAUUCUAUGUUAGUAGACGAGAUAGACUUAAGGUCACGAACUUUAGAUAGAGGCGGUUUCUUGGAGCCAGAAACACCCUCUGAUCUUAGUGGCAUUUCGAGCAUUGGGCGAAUAACAUCGCCAUCAUCCAGAUCACGAACUGUAGAUAGCAUCGGUUACUUUGUACCAGAAACACUGUUGGAUGAUAGUGAUAUUUCGAUCCCUGGGCGAAGAACAUCGUCAUCAUCAAGGUCACGAACUCUAGAUAGAGGCGGUUUCUUGGAGCCAGAAACAUCAUUUCGUCUUCGUCGUAGUUCAAGCUCUAGACGAAGCACGCCGUCACAAUAUCAAUUGCCAAGUCCACGUCACAGCAGUUCGAUCUCUGGACGAAGGACACCAUCACAGUAUCGGUUACCAAGGCCAUUACGCAGCACUUAUACGAGACCAGCAUCCAUAUUGAGCGAUGAUUCAAACCGUAGCAGUUCUAGCUAUGACAGUAGUGCUUCGUCGGAAUAUAAGUCACGAAAGUUACGUGACUUUCAAACAACAAAUAUAAUAAUUGAUCCUCAAGAAUUUCAACAACAAGUAAAUCCUUUUGUAACAUGGGACCCUGACACUUCGAGAUGGAGUCGUGAUUUUGAUGAUAGUUUGGCAGAAUUUUGGGCAAAUCCUUACAGAGAAGAUUCUAGGCAUAAAUCCCCAUCAGUGAAAUAUUCCAGCUCCAGUUCAUUGGGACCAGAAACAUCAUUUCGUCUUCGUCGCAUUUGGAGCCCUAGACGAAGCACAUUGUCACAAUAUCAGUUACCAAGUACACCUCGUGACAGUGCGAUCUUUGGACGAAGGACACCAUCACAGUUUCGGUUAUCAAGGCCACGUCGCAGUUCAGAGCCACUCAGCUCUUUGUGGUCUGACGCAUGCACACCCGAGCAUUAUAUGGCAGGUGACAUUCAAACAACAAAUAUAAUAAUUGAUCCUCAAGAAUUUGCACAACAAGUAUCUCCUUUCGUAACAUGGGACCCUGAUACGUCGAGAUGGAGUCGUGAUUUUGAAGACUCUUUGGCAGAAAUAUGGGAUAACCAAAGGCGUAUCAAUGUUAUGGGUCGUGGUACCUCUACAGCAUCAGCAUCCAUAUUACCAGUGGAAUUGAAAAGUGCCGAUGGAAUAAAUCGUGGUACUUAUACAAGGCCUGCGUCCAUAUUACGUGAGGAAUCAAUAGUUACUGAUGGAGCACGCCGUGGUACCUAUACAGAGCCAACGUCCAUAUUACGUCGUGGUACCUAUACGAAACCAGCGUCCCUAUUGACAGCAUCACAGUAUCGGUUACCAAGGCCAUUACGCAGCACUUAUACGAGACCAGCAUCCAUAUUACGUCGCAUUUCGAGCCCUGGGCGAAGAACAUCGUCAUCAUCCAGGUCACGAACUUUAGAUAGCAGCACUUUAAUGGAGCCAGAAACAUCGUUUGAUCGUAGUCGCAUUUCGAGCCCUGGGCGAAGAACAUCGUCAUCAUCCAGGUCACGAACUUUAGAUAGCAGCAGUUUAUUUGAGCCAGAAACAUCGUUUGAUCAUAGUCGCAUUUCGAGCCCCGGGCGAAGAACAUCGUCAUCAUCCAGGUCACGAACUUUAGAUAGCAGCAGUUUAUUGGAGCCAGAAACAUCGUUUGAUCGUAGUCGCAUUUCGAGCCCCGGGCGAAGAACAUCGUCAUCAUCCAGGCCACGAACUUUAGAUAGCAGCAGUUUAUUUGAUCCAGAAACAUCGUUUGAUCGUGGUCGCAUUUCGAGCAUUGGGCGAAGAACAUCGUCAUCAUCCAGGCCACGAACUUUAGAUAGCAGCAGUUUAUUUGAGCCAGAAACAUCGUUUGAUCAUUCUAUAGAUGGCAGCAGUUUAUUGGAGCCAGAAACAUCGUUUGAUUUUAGUCGCAUUUGGAGCCCUCGGCGAAGAACAUCGUCAUCAUCCAGGUCACGAAGUUUAGAUAGCAGCAGUUUAUUUGAGCCAGAAACAUCGUUUGAUCGUAGUCGCAUUUCGAGCAUUGGGCGAACAUCGUCAUCAUCCAGGCCACGAACUUUAGAUAUCAGCAGUUCAUAUUAUAUCGUUGAACCAGAUUCUAUAGAUGGCAGCAGUUCAUCUUAUAUCGUUGAACCAGAUUCUAUAUUAGCAAACGAGAUAGACUUAAGGUCUCGAACUUUAGAUAGCAGCAGUUUAUUGGAGCCAGAAACAUCAAAAGUCAAAUACUUCUGA